UGAAGCGCGAGCGAAGUUGACUUCAUAUCCACAGAUAUUGUUAGCCUAAUGGAUAAUUAUUAUUUUAAAAAUUUAUACAAUUAAACCCCAACAGAAAAAGAAUGGAAAAGAUUAGAUAUACAAAACGAACAACCAAUAAAAGAUCUUACAACUUUGCUGAAGAACCUGUUCAAUCAAAAAGAAUAGAAUUAGAUGACAAUUUACCAGUAUCUCUUACAAUUAUUGACAAGAAUUCUGAUCUCUCAAAAGAACAAAAUGUUAUUCAACCAGUCACAGAUGAAAAUGAUUUAACGAAAGUUGAUAAAGAUACUGGUAAGCCUCUUUUAUCAGAAGAAGAUCUACCACUUCUACAACAAGAUCUAGAAGAGGCUGAUGAAAAUGAAGGAGAAACGAGCAGUGAUAUCAAUAAGGCUGUUGAUGAAGUUGAUUUUACCAUGCAAGCAUCUGAUGUAAAGUUAACAGAUGUCAAAUUAUCAAAAAAAAAAUUAACUCAUUCAGUUUCACCCUUUAAGAAUGAUAAAACAGGAAUUCAACAAGCACAGAAGAGAUUUAAAAAUAAAUCAAUGAAACCACAAAGUAGUGGAAGUAGUGAAGAAGAAAUAUCACCCUGGGCACACAUUCAGAAGAGUAGUUUGUCAAAAUGUACAAAAGCAUCAUCUAGUUCAACAAAAAGCCAGUCUGUUCUACCAGGAUUAUGCAUUAUAUGUAAAAAGAAGGAUAUAUUUCGAACUGUUGCAUAUAAAAGGCAGAAAGAUAAAUUAGUACAGGCUGAAACUGAAGAUGCUGGCCAGUUACGUACAGCUGCAGAAAUGAAAGCUGAUGAGAAUAUUUUAUUACAUAUUAGAGGGAAAAAUUGUGUGGCCAUUGAGGUCCGGUACCAUGCAUAUUGCUACAGAAAGUACACAAAUUUUCUUAGAAAUAUUAAAGUCCAAAGUUCAAAGGUUGAUAAAACAUUAGGUGUAGCAUAUGAUGCAUUUAGACGACAGAUUGUUGACGAUAAGAUAAUUCAAGCUCAAGAGAUUAUGAGAAUGACAAGAUUGACAUCAAUAUUUCAUCAAAUGAUAGCACAGUUAGAAGGACCAGACACUGGUUUGCCAAAAGCUGAUAGUUUAAAACAACAGUUAAGAAGAGAUUAUCCGCAGUUAUCAUUUCAUUCCCCACUACAUACAGUUAAAAGCGAAAUGGUAUUCGUUGACGCUUUACCUGACGAAAAUUUACUGGAUCAGCUGCCAACACCAUCUUCUGAUACAGUAGUUACUAACGUGCAAUCAAUUCUUAGUCAACAAUGUCAAAUUCCAUUUGAGGAACUAAAUCUAACACAAACUUUAUAUGAUGCCAGCUUAUUGAUUCGGAAUUCUCUACAUUAUCAUUCUAAUUUGGCAUCACCAAGGCCCCCUACAGCUGAACAUUUUACUCUUGAAGCAUGUGCUGCAGUUGUACCUGUGGAACUUUAUAAUUUUUUGGUCUGGUGCACUGGGUAUUCAGAAGACCGAACCAUUAGUGAAACAUUAGAAUUACAACGAAAUAUUGAAAGAAGAAUUGUUUCUUUAUGCCAAGAUAUUGUGUACUUAGCAUCAAGAGGGUAAAAAACAACACCAAAUUCCCUAUCUUUAUCUUUAUCUGUUAGACAUUUAACUGGAUCAUCUCAAGUAUUAGACAUUUUAAGCAAAUUUUGACACUGUGCCUCUAAGUCAUCUAUUAUAUUCUUUGAAACAAGUUUAGCACAAUUACAGAUUUCUUUAGGAUGGAACCUCCCAGUAAGAUUUGCAAAGAAUGUGUCAACUGUUAUUGUGUGAGAUUAUUUUGACUUGAAACUUGAACAUAUUGUUUUAGUGUUUGACCAAGUUACCAUAUAUGCAAAAGCACAACAAAUCAUGUGGAACAAUAAGAUGUAGAGGAUAAUGAUAAAAACAAAGAAAAUGAUCCAGAAUUAUCCAAUAAACCAAUAAGCUUUCAAACUUCUGCUGUAUCACCAAUAGUGUUUACUCCAGAAGAAGACCCCAUUCCGCCAAAACAGCUUCAUGGCAAUGUAGAAACGCCUAAGCAGUUCUUAUUCAGACCACCAUUAUGUACUUCUACACCAAGAAUUUCCAGAACAAUCUUAAUGUCUGACAAAAAACAAAAACAAAACAGACAACCGUUAAAAACAAGUGUUUUGCUGACGGAAGAUGCACAUGGAGUUAAGGAACAAAAUGUAGUGGCAAAAACUACAAACUGUGUGGAAAACACUUGUAUAAAAUUACAAAUGUCUGCAAAUGUUGAAAAACUUAAAGAAAGAUCAUCUGUAGAAUAUGUGCAAAAGGAAGCAGAAACAGUGACAAAUUCUUUAACAAAAAUAUCUCAAGAAACUGUGAAAAAAUCAGCAGCAACUAUGCCCAAGGAAUUGAACAAAAAGACAAAAUUAUCAAAGGAAGUUUUAGAGUUAAUGGAACAAAACUUGAAGAUGUCGUCUAGUUCCGAUAUUGAAUCUACCCAUCUGUGUAAUGGAAGAUCUCUUCGAUCAAGGUCUAGCAGAUCUAGUGAUUCAAAUCCAAAUUCUAAGAAACUAGGCAACACAAAAACAACAAAGAAAAAGAAAACAGCAAAGCAACUUGAUAAGUUGAAAUAUGGUUUAAAGUCAACACAAUUGAAUAAUCGAGAUUUACAGAUCAUAAGAAGUUCCUCGGAUUCUGAACCAGCUUUCAAUAAAUCAACUGCCCAGAAGAAAUUUGUUCAUUCUAAGCUACCUUCUAAACUAACAUCUGAUGCUGUUGUAGUUGAAGGCUCUUCAGAUUCUGAUCCUCCUGUAUAUAGUAAAUCAGUAUCUAAGACAUCAUUCAGAUCAAAAAAAGCAAAUAUUGAAAAGAGACAGAAUAUUAAAACAACUAGACCAAGCACAAUAAAAGCCUCAUUGAUAAUGUCUCCGGAAUCUGGUCCCAGUAGUGAUACUAGAAAUCGUCGGAGAGAAAGUAGAGAUAGCCAAUCUAUCUGCACUAUACUAGGAUCUUCUCCAAGUAAUAAUUCUAGCAGCACAAAAACACAAAAGUCAAAUAAAACUUUCACUGAUUUAUUUUCGUACAAUACAAUAAACAAUACUCAAAAGGACAAAGCUGUAUCUGAUUUAAAAGGCAAAAAAUAUGCUCUGAAAACGCAGAAAGAACAAUUAGAUCAAACACAGAAAGAACAAUUAGAUCAAACGUCUGCUGUAGGAUCAUCAUCAGACUGUGUUGAAAUUAUGAUGGAUAAUACAAAUAGAGAUGUGCAUGUAGACGAUAUUCACAGUGAUUAUUCAAAUAUAUCUCAGACUGUAACCAAAUCCCAGCCAGAUAAAAAUCGAUCUAGGCCUACAUCAAAAUAUAAUAAUAUUGUCAGUGCUAGUCCCAGUCGAAGUAUUGACCUAAACACUUCAAAUGCUUCACAAAAACGCAAAAGUUUUAUUGGUUCUUUGAAACAUUUAGCAUUAAAGAAACCUGACUUUAGUCCGAAUGCAAGUAAAAGAAAAAGAAAGGCUAAUAAUAAUAAUAGUGUGAUUAAUACACCAUCUGGUAGAAGCAAGCAAUCAAGUACAAUUUCACGUGCGUUAUCAUAUAAUGAUACUGAACCAUCAACAUCUAAAAGUGGUAAAAAUAAAAAGUUGGAGGAAGCUAAAUUAAUGUCCUUGUGGUGUGAAGAAGGUGAAACUAGAACAGUUACUGAUAUAACAGACAUAGAUGUUAUAUUAAAUAAUAUACCUGAUACAGAUGUUAAUACCAGUGAGGGUGUUCAGUGUAGGAAAGCGACAGAGAAAUUUAUUUCAAUGGUAAAAUCUGAACUAAAAAAUACAGUAUUAAAAAUAAAGUCUGUGAAAAAAGCAGAAAAUAGAUUUAAAAAGGCCCAAAUUAGGACUAGAGCAUUAAAACGAGAUUUACAAAAUGCAGAAAUAGAAAAUAUUAGUCUUCAAGCAGAACUUGAUGGAUUACAGAAAGAGAGAUUAACAAAUGUCAUUUCUUCAUGGACAGAACAUUUCCAAGUAUUGAAGCAAAAAUGGCCAUCAUCUAAAAGAACUAAAACUAAGAAAGACUGUGUUUAUAUUGGAGAUUUACCUGAAGAAAUAACACAGAACAAUACAAAUGACUAGUCAUACUGAAUAAAAUGUUAAUUAGAGUUAUGUUAUGUGACUAUAUUCUUGAGUCUACUUGUCACAGUUUGAAUCUAUAGAGAGAGGUGGGAUGGUACACGUAAUUGUUGUCUCCAUACUUUCGGAGAAAGCAGGUGACUAUUAGUAUGGCUUCAUCUGCCUGUCUGCCUGUCUGUCAAUCUGUCAAACUUUUUGGAUCUCAAUAACUCUCCUUCUAAAUGAGGUAGAAUGUUCAAACUUGAUGUAGGUGUUUAUUAGGUGAAUGCCUUGACAGUGUUCGACCAUGCGCAUUUUCCACUAAGGCUAAGAAGAGAUAAGCAAUGUGAUUGGUUGAAAAUUUGGAACAUAAUAACUUUCGUUCUAAUUUGGCGAGAGUGAGGAAACAUGUAGUAUAGAUUCAUUAUAUCAAUUACCUUGACUAAGUUUGAUGAUAAGUUUAAAAUUAAUAUCUGUCAUCUAUUUAUUUAGCCUCACUAUUGGCUUGUUAAUUUUACUAUUGUUUUGUUUUUUGUUAAUUUAUGGGUGAAAUGUUAAGUUCCAUAUAAUUAGCCCUGUUCCAGGAAUUUAUUUCUACAAAUUAAUCAAUAGUAAUAACACAAUAAUUAAUAACUGAAAAAAUAUUGUUUUAGGUCAUUUAGACUCUGAAAGAAGUCACAAUAAGCAUGCUAUGGACCAAAUCUGGUUCACUAUUGUCGACUUGGAAUUCUUAAAAUGUUGGAUUCUUAUAGACACUGUAGAAAUAUACAGUGGAUGUUAUAAUAAUAACUUCCUUGAUAGUAAACACGGGUUAUUGGUUAUAUUAUAGUUCAUGUAAAUAUUUGUACAUCCAUAAUAGUAACAUUUAAAGGUGGUGAAUGUAUUAUUAACAAUUUAAUCUUAUGUCCAUUUUCAGAGUUGAACAUUUUAUAUGAUUUUAUACAUUGCAGUGAUGCCCUUUAUUUAUUCAAGAUUUCUAAAUAUCAAUGCCCUAUUUGUAUUUAGUAUAUAUAUUAGGACAAUUUGUCAAUGAUUAGGAAGACAAAAAUAAGUGAAUGAUUACCAGAAUAUUUUGUUUUAUUUUGAAACCCUUCUUUUAAAGCAGUUAUGUUGUAUUUUAGAUUUUUGAGCAUAUUCUAACAGAUCGUUUAUUGUUAGGCCGUUUUCGUGAAAUAUCCUAUUUUCAAAAGGGAGGCUACUAUUGUUUACUAUAAAUGUAUGGUUGUUAUUCAUUAUUGAUCAUUGCUAGAUAAAGAUACCUGUAAGAGUAUUGAAACGUUGCAUGUAAUAAACCAAGAAGUAGUAAAUCUAUAA